AGACUAUCCGCCCGCUCAUGGACCUUGACAGAACCUUCAUCCGGCAUCAGCAGAGCAGACUUGACAACCUCGUCGGCUUUUGCAGACUUUAUUAACUUGAAGAGGCUCCAGCGUUGAAGCGACCUCGCCCCGGUCCCACAUCAAGCUGGGACCAGCCAGCAGCAGCAGUUCCAUCUAUUCCCACUCGCCGAUUGCCGGCCCGCCUGCGGCAUCUCAAUCAACGCACCCGGUCGCUGUCUUACCUCCACUGGACGGACGUCACACUGCCGCCGCAGCUGCAGACGCGCGCCCCGAGCCAACUCGAUGCGCCAUGGGUCGAGGCGUCCCCUCGCUCUCAUCCAAAACCUCACCUUCGGCACCCGGCGAUUCGCGCUGCGCACCAUGGCGACGGGCAGAACAUACAACGACGCCAUUGAUGCGCUCAACUCCCUCCAGACGCCUCAUGCGGUGAUAGAGGCCCGGCGCAAGGCCGGCGUGCGGCCGGAUGCUGCGUCCAUGGACGAGAUGAGGGUUUAUCUGGCCCGGAUAGGCUACUACCCCGGUGCUCUGGACCGGCUCAACAUCAUCCACGUUGCCGGCACCAAGGGAAAGGGUAGCACGUGUGCCUUUGUCGAUUCCAUCCUCUCAAAAUACCGCCAAACGCACCAGGUGCCGCGCAAGAGCGGCCUCUUCAUAUCGCCGCACCUCAUCGCCGUGCGCGAGCGCAUCCGCAUCAAUUCGGUCCCCUUAUCCGAGGAGCUCUUCGCAAAGUACUUCUUCGAAGUAUGGGACCGGCUGGCCGAGUCCACGACGGCGGCCAACGUCGUCCCGCUGGGGACGCGACCGCUGUACGGCCGCUACCUCACGCUCAUGAGCUGGCACGCCUUCAUCCAGGAAGGUGUCGACGUGGCCGUCUACGAGACGGGCAUCGGCGGCGAGUACGAUGCCACGAACGUGGUCGAGCAGCCUAUUGCUUCGGGCAUCAGCACGCUCGGAAUCGAUCACGUCUUUGUUCUGGGCGACACGGUGGACAAGAUUGCGUGGCACAAAGCCGGCAUCAUGAAGAUUGGCAGCCCGGCUUUUACCGUUGAGCAGGUCCCCGAGGCGGCUGCGGUUCUCCAAGAGAGAGCAAAAGAGAAGGAAGUCGACCUCAAGGUGCUCGAUAUCGACAGCCGGCUGCGCAACGUCAAGAUCAAGCCCAAUGCGCAGUUUCAGAAGAAGAAUGCAACCCUGGCAAUUGCGCUCGCCGAGGCGGCGCUGAAGAAGCUGGGCGUAAAUACGGCAGGGGGACCGGACUUGCCAGCCGAGUUUAUCGACGGGCUGGAGCAGACAGUCUUUCGCGGUCGCUGCGAAGUCAAGUCAGAGGACAAGGUCAAUUGGUACGUGGACGGCGCGCACACAUCAGACAGCCUCAAGAUGUCGUCGCGCUGGUUCGCCGACGAGACCGCCAGUCGAUCCGGCCCCCGCGUCAUGAUCUUCAACCAGCAAGGCCGCUCCGAAGCCGUGGACUUCCUCCCCGCUGUCCGCAGCGCAACGCAGCGCGCGAGCGGCUCGUCCUUUGACCACGUCGUCUUCUGCACAAACGUCACGUACGCCAAGACGGGCUACAAACGCGACUUUGUCAACCACCAGAUCGACCCCGCCGAGAUUGAGAACAUGACUGUCCAGCGCCGCUUCGCCGAGAAGUGGUCGGAGCUGGACCCCGAGGCCAGGGUGGUCGUUUUGCCCACCAUCGAGGAGGCGCUCGACUACGCGCGGCACGUGGGUGAGGCUCUUGGCCCCGGCGAGCAGGUGCAGGCGUAUGUGACGGGAAGCUUGCAUCUGGUCGGGGGAGCGCUGGGGAUCUUGGAGCAGGCGGACGCCUUGUAGCGAGGAGUCGCCGAUGCGUUCUGACGCAGACGUAGUAGGACCAUGUACAUGUAUAUAUAUAUAUGAAUGAUGUGCCAAGAGUUGUCUACAAUAGGACGUCGGGCUCCAAGGCUCGCAGGAUACCCCC